AUGCGUUUUUCACCCACAUGGAUCCCAUCCACGUUGGUGGCAUUGUCAUUCACAGGUGGCAUCAAUGCACAGGCACCAUCGACAACUGCUGAAGGAUCGGCACCCACGAGCGGCGGCGGCGGAAGCCCUGAGCCCUAUCGACUGCAGAAGCCGCCUCUGGAUACGGAUUGGACGAGCAAGGUCGGGACGAGUCCCUGGCCAGAACAUCCGCGCCCGCAGCUACGCCGGGACAAAUGGCUGAACUUGAACGGCAUCUGGACCUAUCAAGCUGCCGGCGGGGCAGAUGAUGUCAAUCACCCACCGGCCGGUAACUCUCUCGACCGGGAAGUCCUCAUCCCGUCAUGCAUCGAAAGUGGAAUUUCGGGCAUUCAGGCGCUUGAUGUCACACAUAUGUGGUUUGCGACAAAAUUCCAGGUCCCAAGCGACUGGGGAAAUCAAUCCGUCCUUCUCAACUUCGAGGCCGUCGACUAUGAAGCAACUGUGUUUAUCAACGGCCAAAAGGCCGGGUUUCACCGCGGAGGGUACUUCCGCUUCACCGUCGAUGCGACCAAGUAUAUCAACCGCAGUGGAGAGAACACCCUGUUGGUCUUCGUCCAUGAUCCGACGGAUAUGGACGGCUACAUCAUUCCAAUAGGAAAGCAGACCAGAACCCCGUCGCACAUUUUUUACCGAUCGUGUUCUGGUAUUUGGCAAACCGUAUGGUUAGAGAGUGCUCCCGAGAACCGCAUCACGCAGCUCGACGUUGCUGCUGACCAUAAAGGAAACGGUAAGCUGAUCCAAUUCACAGUGAACGUGCAAGUUCAUACAUCUUCCAACUCAUCAUCUCAAGUCAAGAUUGCAGUAUUGGACAAGGAUGGCAAGACGAUUGGGGAAGGAACCGGAAGCUCUGCUACUGCGUUUAACUUUACUGUUUCUUCGCCCAAAGUUUGGUCACCAUCCUCCCCGGAACUGUACAACAUUACAGUUAAGAUGGGCGAUGAUCAGAUAUCAAGUUACACUGGCUUCCGCACCGUAUCAACUGGCGUUGUACAAGGAAUCCAGCGCCCUCUCCUGAACGGCGAAUUCAUUUUCAUGUUUGGAACUCUCGACCAGGGUUACUGGCCCGAUGGACUCCAUACCCCACCAACCUACGAGGCUAUGGUUUAUGACCUGAAGGUCCUCAAGAACCUUGGAAUGAACAUGGUUCGAAAGCACAUCAAGAUUGAGCCCGAUUUGUUUUACAGGGCCUGCGAUGAGCUUGGCCUUCUCGUCAUUCAAGACAUGCCAAGUUUAACUGCCAAUUCUGCACGUCUGCCGAAUGAAGAGCAACAGGCCGAGUUUGAACGUCAAUUGCAACUCAUGAUUCAGGAGCACAAGAGCUAUACUAGCAUUGUCACAUGGACAAUUUACAAUGAAGGCUGGGGCCAGCUUAGAGACGCUCCAUUCCCCGAGGAGAAGCUUGCGGAGGUUGUCCGCCGAAUUGACCCUUCAAGACUCGUUAAUGCAAACAGUGGCUGGUAUGAUCACGGCUUCGGUGACUUUUCCGACAACCACCACUAUGCCAACCCCCAAUGCGGCACGCCAUUCUAUUCUCUUGCAUCGUCCCCGUAUGACAAGAAACGUAUCGGGUUCCAGGGCGAGUUCGGCGGUAUUGGCCACAACGUCUCAAUCGAGCACCUGUGGAACGUGCAACAGGCGAUUGAUACUAUCAACCAAACCUACGAGAUUGACGAGAACCUCGAGGCGUACAAUUACCGCGCACGAGUUCUCCUGCGCGAGUUCCGUGAACAAGUCGAGAUGUACGCGUGUAGUGGCGGCGUCUGGACGCAGACAAGCGACGUUGAGGGAGAGGUUAACGGCCUGGUCACCUACGACCGUCGCGUCCUGCGGCCCGACCUUGCACAGUGGCAAGUGGAUAUCCAGAGUCUCUUCGACGCUGCGAAGGCCCGAAGUGGCCCUGUGAAUGGUACCAUGUAA